GCAACUCUAAUAAAAACGCCGCGUUCGUUCCCUGUGAAAGGAAAAAGCAACUCCCAAACUUUACCGCUAUAUCGUCCACAACAAAGACAGGUUAAUUCAUCAGUCAUCAUGGUUCGCGAAGUGGAAAACCUGGAGGAUUUCCAAAACAUCCUGAAGGAGGCUGGAGACAAGCUGGUGGUGGUGGACUUCACUGCCACGUGGUGUGGCCCCUGUAAACAGAUCGGCCCAAAGUUUGUUGAAGAGUCGAAAAAACCUGAAAACAAGAAUGUGAUUUUCCUGAAGGUGGACGUGGAUGAGGCUCAGGAUGUGAGUGGACAAUGUAAAAUCUCGUGCAUGCCAACAUUCCAAUUUUACAAGAAUGGCGUGAAGAUCGACGAGUUCUCCGGGGCUAAUGCCGCCCAACUGGUCGAGAAAAUCCAAGCUCACAGAACAUAAAGCCACCGUUGCUCUCUCUAUGUGCUGAAAAAAAUCCAGUUUCAUGUUAUGUACAGUUAAAAACCAGGUUCUUUAUCCCACACAGGCAAUAAUUUAUUCCACUCAUCAUGUAUCAGAGUCCGCUCAGUGUUUGUAUCGUUUGUCUUUAAUUGACUGAAAUUGGAUCAAACCCUUGUGACUUUUUAAUUCAGUUUUUUAUGGCAGAAUUGGCUUUGUCCUGACCAACAGCAGAACUUUCUUUGUUAAGUUGUGUCCAAUAAAUGAAAUGAUUUACAGAA